UGCACAAGACUCACAUCGUGUCUACCUCAGUGUGCCUUGCUGAUAGCAUAGUGUUCAGUGCAAACGCUCAUCCGCGGAGUUUCAGCUCAUGUACACAGUUCAAAACUCAUGGAGGUUGGAAACAUCUUCAUGGUCCUGGUGAGCGUAUGGAUUUUUUCUGACACUUGCUGGGCUGAUAAAGACCCGUGUAUAUCUCCAAGUUCGUCCUUUAUUAUACCGGGUGAUGCCACUAUUAUAGGCCUGUUCGACAUUCAUAAAGGACCCAAUUGUUCCACAGUGGUUACAACAGGGAUUCAUCAGAUGUUGUCAGCUGUAUGGGUAGUCAAAGAGGUCAACAAAUACAAUUUGAUACCAGGGGUCACACUAGGUUUGUGGUUGUACGACGCCUGCUCAGAUCCUCCACUGGCCCGGAAGGCGUUGGUGAAAGGACUGGAAGAAAUAGAGUGCCACAGAACCUAUCCUUUAGGUAUGGUGACGACCUCAAGCAUUUUAAGUCACGUGCAAGAACUGGUGACCACUUCGCAGAUUCCAGUGUUCACGACGAGUCCCGACCAAAAAAACCGGCAACAAGUACCGUUUUCCGAGAUCACAGCCACCCUCUUGUCGGCCCUGAACAUGACUAAGGUUGCUGUGGUAAUCGCAUCAUCCACUCAGAUCAUUUCAGCUUUCGAAAAAGCGGCGAGUGCCGAGGGGAUAUGUAUCCGCCAUCAAACAGCUGUUCCUGACCCAAAUAAUUCGACCUGGACAAGUGUGUUUCGGACAUCACAUCCAUGGGAAAUUGGAGAUGUUGCAGUAGUUUUUGGCUCGAAUGAUCAAAUUCUAGAAAUUAUGCAGUCUGCCGAUCGUGGCAACGUGACUUCAGCGUUGCAGUGGGUGUUUAUACCGCUGGAUGUACCACGAGACCUAACAUCCCUAGGCAACCUUCCGGCAGACUCUUUAAUAGUGGCACCAAGAGCUUCCAACAUGAAAGAGAUAGAGGAGAUCAUGACGUCAAUGAAGAAAAUUACUGGAUCUGGUAACUUCAACAUAACUCCGGGCAUUACCAGAAGUCGUCUGUUUAUGGAAAUAACUUCGCCCAUUUUUAAUAUCACCCGCAAACUAAUAAGUGCGCAGACUCGGUAUUGCAAACCAUCAAUGAAUAACAGCAGCAUAGGCUUGUGCCAAAAUUUACCGCCAUUUCAUCAAUUUUCGACUCAGUUCAUAUCUGACUCGAAUCAAGUUCCUGCCAGCAACAUAGAAGCUCUCCUGUUAUCAACAAUUUCUAAUGGCAUAACUUAUUUCGCCAUUGAACGUGUUAAGACCGAUUCGAAAUACGACUUGCAGGAAAUUGGAAAGUUUCAGGUAUUUUACAAUAAAACAGCUCUGCUCACGUUGGUAUCAGAUCACAUUAACGUGACACUGUUCAAUUUUGAAAGCGAUGGAAUGAAAAAAUGUAAAAUUGGUUAUAAUGAUUCUUCCUGCAGAAAUGUUUGUGUCGUGGGACAAGACGAACAAGGUUCAAAAGACGAAAAUAAGAACGCUGUUCCGUCAAUAAAAGACAGGAUAUUUUCACUACCAAUCGCCUGGAGACAAGAGGCUUGGGUGGCUGCAGUCGCCUCCAUCUCAGCUGUUGGCAUCGCCUGUUCAUUAGCAAUUUCUGUCUUCAUCCUUGUUCGGAUCUGCAAAGGUGACAUGCUUGAGGGUAACCCAAGUUUCUCUUUCUUAUUACUGAUGGCCAUUGACUGCACAUAUUGUUCCACUCUUCCUUUUAGCUUCACGUCUGAUGAACCGUAUCACAGAAGUAUGAUUUGUGGUUUACGAAUAUUUGGUACCAGCGUCAGCUACGCUUUGAUCUUCUCAAUCAUGCUUUCCCGGAGCUUUAUGUUAGCUUCUUGCGAUCAAGACGGUGGGUUUAUGAGUCACGUCAAUGGAUAUUUACAGACAAUUCUUUGCUUUUUCAUAGCUGGGGUACAACUGGCUCUAAGUGUUCAGUUCUGGGCCAUCAACUCAACACUCCUUGGGUCUCGUCAAUGUUCUUCCAUAUAUGAGGGUCACCUUUUCCUUAUACUACUGAGUUAUGACAUGUUCUUGCUUAUACUGCUGGUGUGCACAAGUCCCUUCAUUGCCCGUUCCAAAAGAAAUUAUCAAGAAGGGAUAUUCUUCACUGUAGCUUCAGUUCUAUGCCUGGUCAUAUUUAUCAGCUGGAGCAUUAUUUACAUGCUGGUACCAAGAAGUUGGCAAGACACGGCGAUAACAGGAGGACUUGCAGCCACAGCAACAGCUAUCCUGGUGACGGUAUUCAUCCCCAGAACAUAUCUGAUGAUGACAGCGAUCGUCCGGGACCAUCUAGUAAGCGCUCUUCCAUCUCUGGCAUACACAAGCUCGACAAGCAUCCAGGAUAUCAAUUACCGGUCCACUCAGGCCUUGUACGAUACGGUGACAGCACAUCCUCUCGUCCGUCCUCCCGAAGGACAGGUCAACUCAAACUUUUACUCUGAACAGCCCCAAACACCGUUGGAUUCUGGCCCGAGUACAUCGGCAACAAAACCCAGUAAUCAAAGGGGUUUCGGUGAGAGGCGAACCAUAUCACCAGAAAACACUUACGAAAGGUACGACGCCCCUCCUUCCCCUCAAAAAGUGACGCGAUUCUAGCCCUUAAAUGUUGGCGUUAAACAAAGAAAUAAUCGGAUAUUCUAGAUAGUUAGCCACCCAUAAAGAACUUAAAACAUUGUUGAUAUUGUAGCUAAAGAAAUAAGACAUUACCUGAGAUGAUAAUGUUGCGUCAUAUUGUGUUGAAUAUAUACUUGUUCAA